AUGGGGAAGUUAAACUCAACUGCAGAUUCUCAAAAUAAGGACCCGAAAUAUUCUAAAGAGUGUGCUAUCCAGGCCGAACUAGAGAAACUGGAUAUGGGCACCUUAGAAGCUGUAAACAACCAGUAUUUCAAAAGAUUCAAGAAAGAAAACUACAAGAAGAGUGUCAGAGGUAACUUUGACGUUCCUUAUAAGAAGAUUAUAUUUAAAAAAGUGGUCAAGAAAGGAGUCCAAGCUCAUCAUAUAUCCCAUCUGUCAUUCCAGAAAGUGACAAGGCGUGAGAAAAUGGUUACCGAAUUUCUAAGUGGAGUCAAAGUGGAAAAGAUCGAUAAAUUAUAUUUAAAAGGCAGAACUAACUUUGUAGGCUUCAGUUUUUAUACCAGGAGUACCAUGAAAUUGAUCCCAAAGGCAGUGCUACAAGUGAAGAUCAGUUUUUUCAAGAUAUCUCAUAAAGACUUUGGCCGGGUACUGAUAUCCUGCAACAGCAAAUCUAGAAUGAAGUUUAAGAAGUGUAGGAUCUCUAUUGACCAUCUUGACUACUUUGAUAAUACUCAGCCUAUGAUCACAAAACUUGAUCUUGACAGGAGUAUCAUUACACAGCCUGAGGAAGAUACUGAGGAUCUUAACUGCCUUGUCAAGAAGAUAGCAGACUCAAAGCUCAAUACUUGUUUAAAGUCAGUCAUCAUUUGGCUCCCUGUGCAGUAUAGAUGGGAAAAAUGUAGUUCUAAGAAGAGGAGUUAUCAUAUCGGGAAUUUCACAGUAGAUAUUUGUUAAUAUUGACUCCGACUGCUACAAUUCAAUAUGAUUUAA